CAGCUCGUACGCUGAUUGGCUGACAGACGUGCCCUUCCAAAGUGGGCGGAGUCAGAGCAGGGAGACGACGGAGCUGUCAAACACCGACAGUCGUUUGAAAUAUUAUCAGAGGAGCGGAUAACAAAACCGCAACACUUUACCAAUGUGUAGACUAAUUAACGACAGGAGCAAAGUGUUAGAUUUUGGUGUUCAACCGCUGGAUAAAAGGACUUCUAAGCCGUUGUUGGGAGCAACUUGUUGUUAAGUGCGUGUUUUGCAGGCUCUCCCUCUCAGGCUAAUGUGUGUUAGCUCUUCGCUCCGCUUCAGUUUUGUUGACAAAACUAGCCCAUUCGCUAUCGUUGAGCUAGCUGCCGUGUUUCGGAGUUAGCUCGUCAUUUUCUCAGAAAUGUAUCCGGGUACAGGCAUGGAGCCCAGCCCGGACUGUUCCUGGAAACUCCUCCGUGAAAUAAGACUAGCUCUUCAAGGAUUGUCAAGCAUGUGAAGAUCUUGUCGUUCUGGACAAUCCAUGCACAAGCAGUGAGGAACUGGACCGGUUGGUAACCGUGAAGGACAUGAAAACAGGGACAUCCAAAGUAAAAUAAGAAAAAAAGAAAGACCUGAAGUCUAUAAACAGGCCCAUAUUACCCUCACUGGUAUCAGCUUCUUUUACAUCGCCAUGGACCGGAACAAACGCAACUCUAUUGCUGGGUUCCCAACAUGGCCGGAACGCCUCCAGGAGGACAGGGAUGGGACCGGAGGCGUAGGAAACUGUGAGAUGGGCCCGCCCUCACAGGUGGGCAGGGUGUGUCCGUCCUCCUACAGAGCCCUUAUCAGUGCCUUCUCCUGCCUGACACGCCUUGAUGACUUCACCUGCGAGUGGAUUGGCUCUGGGUUUUUCUCUGAUGUUUUCAAGGUACGUCAUCGCGCUUCAGACCAGGUCAUGGCUCUGAAGAUGAACAAACUCAGCAGCAACAGGGCGAACAUGCUGAGAGAAGUCCAGCUCAUGAAUCGACUCUGCCAUCCAAACAUACUGAGGUUUAAGGGAGUGUGCGUCCACGAGGGCCAGCUUCACGCUUUGACAGAGUACAUCAACGGAGGAAACCUGGAGCAACUUCUAGACAGCAACAAGCACCUGAGUUGGCCCGCCAGAGUGAAACUGGGCUGUGAUAUCGCCAGCGGUGUGGCCUACCUGCACUCCAAAGGCAUAUUCCACCGGGACCUCACCUCCAAGAACUGCUUGAUCAAAUGCGAUGACAAUGGUUACACGGCGGUGGUGGGAGAUUUCGGCCUGGCAGAGAAGAUUCCCACCAAACAGGCUGAUGGAGAAAAGCUUGCAGUGGUCGGCUCUCCUUUCUGGAUGGCUCCUGAGGUGCUCAGAGAUGAACACUAUAAUGAGAAGGCUGAUGUUUUCUCCUACGGAAUAAUCCUUUGUGAAGUUAUUGCACGGAUCCAAGCCGACCCCGACUUCCUUCCCCGCACUGAGAAUUUCGGCCUGGACUACCACACGUUCCAGCAUAUGGUUGGAGACUGUCCGCCUGACUUCCUCCAGCUGGCCUUCAACUGCUGCAAUAUGGAUCCCAAACUCCGUCCGUCGUUUGCAGACAUCGUCCGGCAGCUGGAGGAGAUCCUCGCUCGGCUCAAAGUCGUAGAGAUGGAAAACGAGAGCGCUUCACUCACCGGCGACAAUGAGAAGAAAGCCAUGUCAAAAAGUGAGAAAAUCCAGGCCUUCAAACGACUGAAUCCUCUUGGCUGCCAAAACGAUAAGAUCCCUCCCAAAUCGCCCCGGCCCAGACGAAACAUCUGGCUCAGCCGCAGCCAGUCGGACAUCUUCUCCUGCAAGCCGGGGAGGAAAAUCAACGUCCAGGACCCGUACUACGACCCGCCCAGUUCUCAGAGGAACCUCAGGACCCGCAAGAUCAACCCGUUCACGGCCCGGGAGGACCUCUGCGGGGGCAAGAUCAAGUUCUUCGACGUGCCCAGCAAGUCCGUCUUCUCGUUGGUGUUUGAUUUGCACUCCCCGCCUGGAAGCGUGUUCAGCAACCAGGCGCCGACCCACGGGCCCGGAGCGUCCCAGCAGGAGACGUCCUUCUACUGGCAGCAGCUGCCAGGCAGGCAGUGCCACUCCGUACCUGUGUCCCCGCAGCUGCCGCGCUCCGAGAUGUUCCACCUCACAGACCCGGUCGGAUCCAAUAACGCCGGUUCUGUUACCUGUACGUCCACUCUGCUCUCUGUCACGCUUCCAGCGACGAAUUCCAGGUCCGACGCGGCGCCGAUCCUGAGCGACAUGCGGCAGAAAGCGGUUCUGAGCGGCUGGGCGAGGAAGUACGUGGUGGUGGAGAUCCCGCCUUUCUGCAGGCAGAGAGGAGGCUGCGCCGACGACGACGUGGAGGCGAGGACGGAGGACACGAGCGGGGAGAGCUGGUCUCCGAUGCUCACCGGCAGCGAAACGGACAGCGCCGAGGCCAUGGACUGCUCCGGCGGACGAGAGGAGGAGAAUCCGGACCGAGGAACGGAAAGCUGCCUGGUGUGACUAGAGCAGAACAUUUCAGCAGGACUGUAGACUCCUACAUUCAGGGAGGUGGAGACAUAAGACUGGAAACUUGUAUCAUUAAAAUAAAGCACUCAGUUUUCUCUAAUCUGUCAAGUGAAUGUAUCACAUUUUGAAUAGAUAAACCACUUGAUCUAGAUAACUAUUUUUCAACCCGGUUAGCACAAGAGGCUUUUAUCUACACGCUUUCUGUAAAGAUUAUAUUCUGAAACAAAGUUGUUGAUAUUUAAUAUUUCAAGAUGUAGAUAUUUGUUUUUUCCCUCUAAGACUUUUUGUUUGGUUUUGUUUCUUUGUGGGAUAUUGAUGAUCCCUUGUAUUAUGUUUGAGUGUGUGUGAAUUUAAAGUUGUUUUGAUCAUUUUCAGUGUUCGCUCUGAGACAAAUGCUUCUGCUAAGUUAAAGAAACAAACCCUUCCUGUUUCUGAUGAAGACGGUCUUGCACUGAUGGUCCUUUGAGAAAUUAAAACUCACAGCAAAUGUUAAAUUUCAGCCUAAAAUGGGCAAAAGUGAAUUUUCUUUCUUUUUUAAAAUUUUUAUUUAUUUGUCUUAGCUUGUUGUUCUUAACUUUAGUUUCUUCACUCCUUUCUAUCAAGGGUCAAAAAGUGCCACAAUUUAAUAGAUGAACAAAGUGAUCAUUUAAAUACAUUUGGAAAUGUAUAUUAGAAAUGAAUUGAUCUGCCUUUAUUUACAUCUGUAAAUACAUCAUACAAAAAAUUGAAAAAAGCUGCAGCGCCUUCUGAUUAUUAGCCUUACUGUUGAAAAUGAGGGGGCGGGGCUAAUAUUUCUAUAGAUAAGGUGAUUGGUCAGCAGUUGGGUUAAGCAAUCACAUGUUUGGGUUUAUUGCAAAGGUCAGAGGGCAAAUUAAUAUUUUAUUAUCAUGCACUGUUUGGAAUAAAAUUAUCACUUAUAAAAAUAAUUCAAUUAUUUACUUGUGAGAUUGUGGCACUUUUGAGGCUCCAUAGUUGAAUAUUCUGCUGAAUAUUCAAUAUUCUCUUUUAAUCACCCAAAACCACCAUUUUAUGAAGUUCUGCUGUCAGAAUUUAAGCCAAAACACAAUUUAUUAUAACUAAUUAUUGUGGUAAAGUAGCGACAGCAUGGUUAAAUAUCUGCAGGAUGAAAUAAAAAUAUAGCUAAAAGAUCUGGCUUGUAAAAUAUUCUACAAUUUUGCUGAAUAUUCAGUAAUGGUGGCUUCAGUUGCCUGGAUUUAAGCCGAUAAAUUAUCCAAAUUUUACUUAAACUUGUAACCCUCAAAGUGGUGACUUUCACUUAUAACGCAUAAUGAUUGUUGCUUAAUCUUAAUUGUUGAUUCCACUAAGGAUGUAUUUUUCAAACAUUUUGGUUCUGGGAUAAAGAGCAUUUUUUUCCCCGUCAUUUCAAAAUUAUUCAGAAAAUUUGCAAAUUACUUCUUAACUCUUCAAAUGAUGGCUACAAAUGUUUUUGGUAAAUGUCUCAAUAUAAUAUAGCUGCUAAUAUUUUGGUUCCCAUAUCUACUACGUGUCUAAAACAGAUCUAAUGCAAGAGAUUUUCAGGUGUUUAGGUUCCUUGUUUUUCAGCAUUGAAGUGUUUUUGCAAAAACACCAUUUUACAAACUGAAUUAUCUAUAAAAUGUAUUAUUUAGGCCCAAAUCUGGCCUCUUUCACAGGAACUCAGAUGUUUAGAACCUUCCUUUGCUAUUUUCCUAUUCAAGUCUGAUAAUGUCGUUUUACAGGAUAAAGCUUUGAUAUUUAUGAAAACCUUUAAUGUCUUACUCUUUGUAUAUUUGUGUAAAACUGUGGUGAUACCUGAAACUUGUUGAAUACAGAUUUAAAUGUUUUGUUUUUCUGAUCAAAUAACAAAAUUUCCCC